UAAAGGUUGUUACUUCCUUUUGGCGCGAACGAAGGUCAUCAACAAAUCGUUAUUGUAAAGUGUAGCUAUGCCUAGAAUUGAUAGCGAUAUCAAAUUAGAUUUCAAAGAUGUGUUGGUCAGGCCGAAAAGAAGUACACUGAAAAGUAGAUCAGAGGUUGAUCUGACUCGAACUUUCACCUUCAGAAACUCUGGUCAGAAUUACUAUGGGAUCCCAGUCAUGGUGGCCAACAUGGACACCACAGGAACAUUUGAGAUGGCCAAAGCCAUGGGCAAGCAUGCCAUGUUCACGUGUAUACACAAGCACUACUCUGUGGAGGCCUGGAAGCAGUUUGCUGAAGAAGCCAAAGACAUCAUACAGCAUGUUGCGGUGAGCACGGGGACUGGUGAGGGAGACCUGAGGAAGAUUUGUGAUAUACUGGGGGCUGUUCCUGACAUUAAGUACAUCUGUGUAGAUGUCGCCAAUGGCUACUCAGAACAUUUUGUUCAGUUUGUCAGAGAUGUCAGGAAAAGGUUCCCGAAGCACACAAUUAUGGCAGGCAACGUUGUGACAGGAGAGAUGGUUGAGGAGUUGAUCCUGUCAGGAGCUGACAUCAUCAAGGUUGGCAUCGGCCCGGGAAGUGUGUGCACCACCCGCAAGAAGACUGGUGUUGGUUAUCCACAGCUCAGUGCAGUCAUAGAAUGUGCGGACGCUGCCCAUGGUCUGGGCGGACACAUUAUCUCUGAUGGUGGUUGUACAUGUCCGGGAGAUGUGUCUAAGGCAUUUGGAGCUGGAGCUGACUUUGUCAUGUUGGGCGGCAUGUUUGCUGGGCACACCGAAUCUGGUGGAGAAAUUGUAGAAAAGAAUGGAAAGAAGUUUAAACUGUUUUACGGCAUGAGCUCAGCCACUGCCAUGAAGAAGCAUGCAGGAGGUGUUGCAGAGUACAGGGCUUCUGAGGGAAAGACGGUCCAAAUUGAGUAUAGAGGUGAUGUGGAGAAUACCAUCUUGGACAUCCUUGGAGGUGUGAGGUCCACAUGUACAUACGUUGGUGCUGGUAAACUGAAGGAGCUGAGCAGAAGGACGACAUUUAUACGAGUCACUCAGCAACUUAAUGAGGUGUUUAGUGCGUUCACAAAGGAGCAUUGAUGGGAUGAUGUUCUGUGAUAAAUCUUGGUCUCAUUUUAAUGUGAAAUUUUUGCAACUUUUAGAAGAAUCUCUUAAAAAAGUAUUUUAUGUGAAUAAUUGAAAGAAAAUCAAAGAAAUUUUGAAAUCCAUAUUUUUUUUAUGGAUGACUGUUUUUUUGUUUGCUUGUUUUUUUUUUGUUAUGUUUUUACCAAAUUUUCAGCAAGCAUUAAAGUGGACCUUUUACUAAACUGCUGCAAAAUUAAGAAGUAUUUCCUAUUUUGUACAAUCUGUUGAAAUGUUUUAUGAUAUAUAUAAAGUUGGAAUUAACAAAAUCUAAAUACUGGUACCUAAUAAAAAAAAAAUCUAGCUUGGAAUUGGUUCAGCUCAAUUUUACUUGUUUUUGUUAAGAACACAACUCCAGAGAGUUAAAUUUUCAUUGUGUUAUUAAGAGAUACAUAGUCAUUACAUAUUAAAUUACAUUAAAGAGGAGACUUGUUUGUGAAAAUUUUCAAAAGUUUUCUUCAGUGUUUUUGAUGAGCAAAUUUUGUAUGACUAUUUCCUAUAACAAAGCGGAAAAUAAAAAAAAAACUGCAUUUGGACGCUACAGAAAAGCCUGUGUUAGUUUCAUGUUAAAUUGCUCGCUGUAGAUCUUAAAGGUAUGUAUCACUAAAUUGGUACUGGGAUAUAUGUGCAUAGACGUAUUAGAUGAAAUCUUUAAGAAAAAAAUGACUAAUCAAUUUAGUAUAAUAAACAUUAUCAUGCUUUUUCUAGAAGGGAAAAGAGGAUUAAACACUACAGAUAAAUUGUUGCAUAAAAUUUGUGUUUGUAAUUGUGUUAGUUAGGAUUGAACUGUGAGCAUGUAAAAGCCUGCAGCAAAAUUGUUUUUUUCUGAAUUUCUGUACAUGUAAAAUAGUAUAAAAAAGAGUGAUCAUUAAGGAAGUGGAAAUUAUACAGUAUUAUAAUAUGGGUGAACGUUUUCAGUAAUAAUAUUGAAUUCAGUAUUUUGGAAAUGUAGUCCCUCAUACAUUGUAUCUUAUUAUUUUUUUCUCGCUAAAACAGCUCUUAUCAGUAUUUUGAUACUCCAACACUUCAUCCAUACCUCAGUAUUAUGCUGACUUCAGAAUGAAAUAUUCAAAGUAUUACUUGUGUAUUUUUAGAAAGUUGUGUAUCUUAUAAACCUGGAUUUUCUGAUGGUGUGAAAAAUAUCUUUACUUAAGCAAUGAGACAAUGUAAGCAGUGAGACAAUGUAUAUAAUCUUAAUUAAUCUGUGAUUAUUUCCCAAUUCCAGUAUGUACUGAAUUAUAAUUAUGAGGAUGUGUGUAAUGUAGUUUGAUUCUAACUGAAUGACAACAUUGUACUGGUGGCCUUUUUUUGAGGAAAAAAAAGGUGUCGUAAUUAAACUCUCAUAUGAAAUAAAUGGAAAAAAAAUCAACGGAGAGAUAGAAUAAGAGAUACAAGAAGAAAAUCAUGAUGUUUUUGUGUUGAUCUGCUUUUGGAUAAUGAUUAGGAAUACUGAGCAACAGGGCAAAUCAUAUUGGAAUGUACUGGUAUAGCUAUUGUAUGUGAUGAAGGUCAGGGUGAUGGAAGUUUGUAGAACAAACACAAUUGUAUGAAACAAAGGAAUUCCAACAGUGUAUGUGACCUCAUAAUGAAGAGUGGCUGUGGAUGGCAAUAGGCUGUUGUACUUGGUAGGAUCAAUGUAAAUUUUCCCUCUUUUUUCCCUUCAGGAAAGUCAUGUGGUAAACCUGUAUUUAGAAAAAAAACUAAAUCAAAAUAAUUUACUCUGGUUACCAAAGAAGUUUUUGUACAACAUGCAUUUACAUUAAUUUUUAAAACAUUGUAUUUUUUAAUUGAGAAUAAAAUGAAAACCCCCUUUAUAACCACUGGUGGUGGGGGAUUAAAUACAUGAACGAUUUGUGAAUAUAUACUAUAUGUUAUAGCAUAGUCAAUAUAAAUGAUUUAGUUACCAAUUUAACAUCUUUCUAAGAUUACACGAUAGUUUUGUCUUGUAAAAUGUUACUGUUUGCGAUGAAACAAUUCUUGAGUUAAACAGUUGCCGUGGACCUCAGAAAUACAGCAGAAUGCUGUAUAUCUAAACAACAGCAUGUGGGACAUUUAAUUUGUUAUGUUAUGCAGAUGUUUAUAUGUAGUUCCAUAACAUAAGAAAACUUGUAACCAUAUAUCCUGUUAUUUUCGUGGGGAUGAGGUUUUGGCUAUUUCGCAGCCCAUUGAUGUGGCUGCAAAAAUUUGAUCCAUGAAAUAAUAAGACGUGGGUAAAAAUUAUCUGGGAAAUAAACUUUGGAUAAGGCUGUUGUUAUUUUGUACUGCCAUUGGGCGACUCCGAUGCCUCCAAUCAUACAAGGUUAUUUCCGGAACUGUUUUUUCUAUACUCUAUCAACAAUCCUAUGUUAAACACUUUAUGACAUUGGGAACAAUAUAGAAGAAAAUUAGAUAUCCACAUAUAAUCUUUGUGUUUGCUAAAAAGUUAUUUCUUUUGCCAUAAAUAGAUAUCGCGCAAAUUUUGAUCCUCGGAAAUAACAGGCUAUAUGGCAUACUCUGACAGUGUGAAACACUUAUACCUUUAUCACAAACUCUGUAAGUAAUGAGUGAUUUAAAACUUCUGGCCCCACUUUCGUCAAUAUUCCAUCAAUUUAGGAAAUUCCUUAAAAUUUUCUAAUGGAAAAAUCUUGGUGACAGAACCUUCCUUAAAUUUUACAACGCUUUCUUAUGGAAAUGUUUACCAGUAAGUUAAAAGAUAAUGAUGAAUCUUGGUCAUCGUAACACUUUUGUUCUGGUGUUUUUUAAUCAGCAUUUUGUUAGCAUAUUGAUAACUUGACAGAGAAAUUGCUACUGCUGUGAUUGGUUUUGAAUCACCAACAUUGCUGUAUAAACACAAGUUGGAGGAGAAAUAUGAAUGCAGGUGAUUGUUGUCUCAUGUUAUAUUUUUUUUAUCUUGUGAUCAUUGUUAUUCCGUAUCCCUUUGGUAAUUACUAUGGUAACUUACAUUGUGUUCAUGUUGUUUCCAGGGUACAAUAUAUACAUGAUGUGCCACUAAUUAUUUUCCAACAGUUGUAAUUAUGUCGAUCUACACCUUGGCUUUAAGCAUGGCGUUUUACCUGAUUGUACUAAUGUUUUGAAAAUUAAAAUGUUUGUGACAUUUUGA